AUGCUGCUGCCAAAUUUGGGAGGCAGCAGUCGGGCUCAGUUGUCUGGGGACAGGCAGCCUGCUGCUGCUGCUGUGUUUAGGACAAGGAGUCUCUGCCUGCAGAGCCGUCCGAUGGAGGAGGUGACGGAGCAGGAGCCUCUGAGUCGGACAGAGGAGCCUGUACCUGAGGUAGAAGGAGAGGGAGAGUUACCGGGCUCAGGAACCCCUACCCCCAGAGACCUGAUGGAGAGCCCGGUGAAGGAGCCUGUUGCGCUGCAUCUGUACCCCACCACAGAGUAUGGGGAUCAGUAUGGGUAAGCAACAGAACAGCAGGGACUGGGAAACUGGGAUCUCCAACAACCGUCUGCUCAUAUACACGUUUAACCUGUGUAGUAGACUGGGCUGGCAGUUAGGAAGUAUUACUUCCCUUCCUGUGUGGGACUAGGAAUUGACUGGCUGUCUUUUCACACAGUAUACUAAAGUUGCCGACUAUUUAUUUAGGUAUCUUUCCUUUGUCACUUGACUAUGUAAUAACAUAGUUGUAAUCAAUAUUGGUGGUAUACUUUAACAUCAGUUGUCUUCAAUCAUAGUCUGUCCUUGAGCGGCUAGUAUUUAAUGGCUGUAUUGAAAGGUUUUUAAAGUUCAGAUUAAAACCGUAUAGCUCAUUUCAGAUGAUGACUCAAAGGAGUCAUUCAAUGUCAUUUCAGCAAGCCAUGACACCCACCAUCUCAGAUUGUUUUGAAAUCGGUUCUGUAAAUAAAAAUAAGCAUUCCGGAAAAUAAUUUGAUCUUUGAGCUAAUUGGUCGCACCCAAAUUGGCCAUUUUAAUUUAUCAUGAGGAAAUGUAUCAUGUCAUUGUGCCAUUUAGACUCCUCUGCUGGAGGAAACGCAGCAGAGGUACUACUGUUGUCACUCCGCUGCACCUUACCUUCAGUAGGUGGCUAAAGGCUUAAUACUGUAUACUGUAUUUAUUUACACCAGACUAGUCAUGGUGAAUGAGGCAUUAUGUAGGCUCUGGGUUUAGUGAUGUGUUGACACAACUCUUCAAUAGAGACUGCUGAGGGAGUAAAUUGUGUUGUCAAUAAGCAUGGACAGGUUAUGAUCUGAUAUCAACUGUCAGCCAUGGCAACAUUGGCCAGUGUCAAUCCUCAACCUUCAUUUCUAUUUCUACAGUAUCAUUGCUUACUGUGUGUGUAGGAUCGAUCAACAUCAUCAUCAUUCCUUUUUUUGGCUAUGUAUACUGUACACAUCGGUGAAGGAUUUUCAUAACUAGAGAUGUUUUAAAGCAGUGUGAUGAGGGUUUGUCUUUUGCCCUCUCUGGAGCAGAAGGAACUAUGAAUAUAAACUACAGGAUGAAUAUUCAGCACCAGCUAACUAUAUAACAGUUACGACCUUGGCUGUUGGCUGUUUUGCAUUGUGCUGUGUACCUGCUGCUGCACUGUAACUUAAAGUAUAUGUGAGAUUCAACUUAAGUUUGUAAGAUUUUGCACAUGAAUUGCAUCUUCCAUAAGUUUGGUGUGAAUUUUGUUUAGUGUGACCCUAUGAUAAUUUUUUGUUGGUCUGAUCCAAUUCAGAGUAUCUCAACACCAUACAUUACGUUGUCUAACUCCAUCAUAAAAUGUACUUUGUGUGUGUGCGUGCUGUGACGUUGGAAGUGAGGAAUGGCCAUCACGUCUCCCCGGACGUCACAGAGAAGGCUAAUGCAUAACUGCUGCUGCCUGCAGUCAGGCUGCAGUAUGAUUAGUCAUCAAAUCAAAUCAAAUCAAAUUGUAUUUGCCACAUGCGCCGAAUACAACAGGUGUAGACAUUACCGUGAAAUGCUUACUUACAGCCCUUAACCAACAAUGCAUUUAUUUCUUAAUAAAAAAGUAAAAUAAAACAACAACAAAAAAGUGUUGAGAAAAAAAGAGCAGAAGUAAAAUAAAAUAACAGUAGGGAGGCUAUAUACAGGGGUUACCGGUGCAGAGUCAAUGUGCGGGGGCACCGGCUAGUUGAGGUAGUUGAGGUAAUAUGUACAUGUGGGUAGACUUAAAGUGACUAUGCAUAAAUAAUUAACAGAGUAGCAGCAGCGUAAAAAGAUGGGGUGGGGGUGCAAAUAGUCCGGGUAGCCAUGAUUAGCUGUUCAGGAGUCUUAUGGCUUGGGGGUAGAAGCUGUUGAGAAGCCUUUUGGACCUAGACUUGGCGCUCUGGUACCGCUUGCCGUGUGGUAGCAGAGAGAACAGUCUAUGACUAGGGUGGCUGGAGUCUUUGACAAUUUUGAGGGCCUUCCUCUGACACCGCCUGGUAUAGAGGUCCUGGAUGGCAGGAAGCUUGGCCCCAGUGAUGUACUGGGCCGUACGCACUACCCUCUGUAGUGCCUUGCGGUCGGAGGCAGAGCAGUUGCCAUACCAGGCGGUGAUGCAACCAGUCAGGAUGCUGUCGAUGGUGCAGCUGUAUUACUUUUUGAGGAUCUGAGGACCCAUGCCAAAUCUUUUCAGUCUCCUGAGGGGGAAUAGGCUUUGUCGUGCCCUCUUCACGACUGUCUUGGUGUGUUUGGACCAUGAUAGUUUGUUGGUGAUGUGGACACCAAGGAACUUGAAGCUCUCAACCUGUUCCACUACAGCCCUGUCGAUGAGAAUGGGGGGCGUGCUCAGUCAUGCCUACCCUCUGGAGUCUGGACACACAGCUUUGGUCUUUAAGCAGCAGGUUGAUUCGUCAUGCCUUGCUCCCCUAUAUAUGCCUCAAAGCAUUGGUGUCAUGCCUAGCCUCUGGACACAGGCACAAUCCUAAGUGAGACACAGGUUGAUUAGUCAUGCCUUCCAGCGCUCCCAUAGGACUGAGGUUAGGUCCCCCUGUAGGUGGCAGGCUAAUGGUCAUACCUUGCCUCCCCCUCUCUCCCCCAGGACAUCUGCAUAGCCUUCUGACCCACUCCCUGAGGGCAAGCCGUAAUAGACAGUAUAAUUUGUGGUCUAGUGAUGCAGUGGGCCCUGAUGCAUAAUAUUCCAAGCAGGAGGAAUGUAGCUUCUCUCUCUCAGGUUGGUUUUAAAGCACACCAUUAGUAAUGAGUUUGCUAUUAGUGAUGGGUAUAUGACAAGUCGUUAUGUAAUAAUUAAUAAUUAGUCAUUUAGCAGACGCUCUUAUCCAGAGCGACUUACAGGAGCGAUUAGGGUUAAGUGCCUUGCUCAAGGGCACAUCGACAGAUUUUUCACCUAGUCGGCUCGGGGAUUAGAACCAGCGACCUUUAGGUUACUGGCACAAUGCUCUUAACCACUAAGCUACCUGCCGCCCCAACGUACAGUACAUUGUGUUCAGUCUCACAGAACCAUUACAGUUAGGUCUUGUUUUUGCUACUGUAAAAGGAAUUGUCGCUAUGGACUGUUGACUACAGAUAGUGCUGUACACUGUCCUGAUUUCCCUCCCAAUUUAGUGCUCUGUUUGGGCUAUGAUGUAUUGGUAUACAUUACAGAUUGUCUCUGUUUUACGGUCUAUUACUAAUGCAAAUUAAAGGUGAGAUCUUUUGAAGACCUCUGUAAAAAAGACAACUGCCAUAGAGAAUAUACAGCCUUGCUUCCAGUGUUAGAGGCAAAAGUUUGCAUACUGAGAGUCUAGCCUACAACACUGAAAUAUUGAUGCUCGAUCUAAUGAUUAUAUCUCAAUAUGAGGCAUUUCUACUGCCUGGUUUAUUAGGCUGUAAAUCUUAGAGUGAAAUCCAGACCACCUCUGCUUUCUUUAUUGUACGCCUAUAUUUUAACUAAUGGGGGGUAACAUUAUGCAUUUGAAUCACUAAAUAAUGAAAAUAAAAUAAGUACUAGAGUGGGAUUUGUUGCCACUUCUGGUCGGUCUACUGCAGUGUCUGGAGCCAACUCUGUGUUUGUGUGCCUGCGUGCGUGUGUGCGUGUUUGUGUACUCUGUCUCUCGCUGAUGUUUGUCCAACACUGUUCUGCUGUUUGAACUAUGCAUACAGUACAGUAGCGGAUGGUAUAGUUGGUCCAACUCUGUGCUGUCUCUCUGGACUUCUACACACAUCUUGUUUCAGUUACAUGUAGCUCCAGUUAUCCAUGGUCAUAGGUUUACUAACCUAUACUCUCACUUGCCAGACUCACGAUGCCCCAUCUGCAGAGAUACAGGGGCUGUGGGAAGAGAAUCACUAACCUACCCCUGGGUCUGGAGGAGACCCCCAAAGUAGGAAGGACCUCUCUGGUUAUCCUCACCCUGCUCUGUGUUCUACUCCAUAUCUGCUGCAAAGCUCUGGGUUACAUAAGGUUGUUACACAAAGUAGCUCUUAAAGUGUCAGAAACGUGAGACAAAUCCAAAUGGACAGUAGGACCAUAGAGAUACAAUAUAAAUAAACACUGAAGUGAGCUAAUUGUAUUUCUUUGCACAAGGGAAUGCCAUUGAUUGAUAUUAAGUACCCAAGAGAAAUGUAAACUAGCACACAAUGUGGCCCUGAAUACCCCGACGAUAACUUGUUAAAAAUGUCAAUCAGUUUAUCAAUACUGUUUAUAUGGGGUGCAGCAUUAUUUCAUAGAUGAGAGUGCAGUAGUAUGUUACAUUCUUAGAGAAAUAUUGCCACAAGACAGAUAAGUUAGCCUAGUUAUAGAAUUACAGGAAAAUAGACAAGACUAAUGAUUGUAUUAGCAGUGACAGAUGAAUGUUGUUUAUUCUUUGAUGGAUUAAUUAAGAAACAAAGAAAGCCAACCUUGAAAGCUCACAAAAAGCGAUAUCUUGGUACACUCAAUGGUACACUCACUUUCGUGUUCGCUGACAAACAAGAAGAGUCUUAAUCACUAUUUACUCUGAAUGAAGAGACUCAUCUGUUGAGUUUCAUAUGUCUUCUUACCACAGUGUGAUGCAUGCAUCUCUGAAUCCUCAAAUUGGUUCCCCAAAAGUUGGUGGUACAUGUAAGUGGCUGUGAAGUUUUACGAGUCGCUCCCAGUGUGUUUUUGUUGUUGUCAACAUUUUUAACAGAGGAAGAGAUCAAUAACACAUACCUACUGUAAGUGAUAUAGAAAUGGAUCGGGACUAGAUUUAUCAGUCUAAGCUUUGAGUUCCAGAUCCUUACCUCAACCUUACAUUCUGAGGAGGGAUGUGUGUUCCAUUAAGGUGUUGGUAUGACGAACGUAGCUAUUGCAAUUAUAGGGCCUUGUUCGAUCCACUGAGUGCAACAACACUGCUUGUACGGUCAUACAUGGCUGAACCCAGUACGUAGAGAAAAUGCAUUAACCCAGAGGUGACUGUGUGGUUAAGGGAAGCAAGGUAUAGAUGUAGGCGGUAGCUAUAUGUUUAAGUGUGGUGGAUGGCUCGCAAGCUGGAAACCAGACAGAGCAUGUCACACAUUGCUCAGUUGGAGAGUGGUUGCAAGCCAAACCAUGACAAAUGUCCCUCAAUUGAGAGUGGUGGUUCGGAGAGUGUUCAGCUGAGAAAGUGUACCCCACCUUACCCUUUGGCCUAUGAGAUUCACCCCCGGAGGAAGCUACAUGGUUCUGAGUGGUAGAGUGGAUUGUUUUUUCUUUCUCUUUCAACUCCUCAUUCAGUUUCAAGAGGCAUCCCCCCAUCCUCCUCUCAGUGUCUAAUCAAAACAGAAGCCAAUUCCCUGCUCUCUCUCUCUCUCUCUCUCUGUUUUUGUCACGAUCGCUGACUGAUGAAGCGGACCAAGGCGCAGCGUGAUAAGCGUACAUUCUUUAUUCAGUACUUAACACGAACCAAAACAACAAACGAAACGAUACGUGAAGUCCUAGGUUAUACACAAAACCUUACGGAACAAGAUCCCACAACCUAACAUGCCAAAAGGCUGCCUAAGUAUUGGCCCCAAUCAGAGACAACGAGAUACAGCUGCCUCUGUUUGGGAACCACCCUGGCCAACAUAGAUCAACACGAUCUAGAAACAAAAACAUAGAAAACAAAACAUAGAAAAUCCACACCCUGGCUCAACAUAUAAGAGUCCCCAGAGCCAGGGCGUGACAGUACCCCCCCCCCAAAGGCGCGGACUGCGACCGCGCCACACCAACACAACAGGGUAGGGGCCGGGUGGGCAUUCCGCCUCGGAGGCGGAUCCGGCUCCGGGCGUGACCACCACUCUCUCUCUACCCCCCCCGUUGCGCCCCUGGUCUGGUCUGGCCCCGCUGGCCGGAGCUGGACUGAACACCGGUGGAGCGGAUUGCUCUGGCUCCGGAGUGGAGCAGCUGACCGGUGCCGGACCAGGCACCGGUGGAACAGGCACGGACCGUGCCGGACUGACGACGCGCACCACUGGCUUGGUGCGGGGAGCAGGAACGGGCCGGACCGGGCUGACGACGCGCACCACUGGCUUGGUGCGGGGAGCAGGAACGGGCCGGACCGGGCUGACGACGCGCACCACUGGCUUGGUGCGGGGAGCAGGAACGGGCCGGACCGGGCUGGCGACGCGCACCACUGGCUUGGUGCGAGGGACAGGAACAGGCCGGACCGGGCUGGCGACGCGCACCACAGGCUUGGUGCGAGGGACAGGAACAGGCCGGACCGGGCUGGCGACGCACACCACUGGCUUGGUGCGAGGGACAGGAGCAGGCCGGACCGGGCUGGCGACGCGCACCACUGGCUUGGUGCGAGGGACAGGAGCAGGCCGGACCGGGCUGGCGACGCGCACCACUGGCUUGGUGCGAGGGACAGGAGCAGGCCGGACCGGGCCGGCGACGCGCACCACAGGCUUGGUGCGAGGGACAGGAACAGGCCGGACCGGGCUGGCGACGCGCACCACAGGCUUGGUGCGAGGGACAGGAACAGGCCGGACCGGGCUGGCGACGCGCACCACAGGCUUAGUGCAGGGAGCAGGAACGGGCCGGACCGUACUGGGAACACACACCACUGGCCUUGUGCGGCAAUCAGGAACGGGCCGGACCGGACUGGUGACACACACCACUUGCUUGGUGCGAGGAGCGGGACUGGGUUUCCUUCUAAACCUCCGCUCCCUCUGCUGCCUAACCAGUUCCUCUCGCCGUGCCUCUACACUCUCCUUCUCCCUCGUGACCAAUAGCCCCCGUAACAUGGUGGCCUCCUCUCCUAGUCCGCCGAUUCGCCCUGUAGCUGCCUCCAGCAGCCCCGUCGUCCACGCCGUGUGCCCCCCCAAAAAAAUGUAUUGGGGUUGCCUCUCGCGUGUCCGUCGUCGGCACGGUUGGCGCCGUUUCUCCUCUCCUGCCUGGGCAUUUACAUUUGCCCAUGGCCCUCUGCCCGCGAAUAUGUCCUCCCAUGACCACCAUUCGCCCACCUGAGCCAUCACCCUCUUCUCCUCCUGGGCACGCUGCUUGGUCCUCUGGUGGUGGGAUCUUCUGUCACGAUCGCUGACUGAUGAAGCGGACCAAGGCGCAGCGUGAUAAGCGUACAUUCUUUAUUCAGUACUUAAUACGAACCAAAACAACAAACGAAACGAUACGUGAAGUCCUAGGUUAUACACAAAACCUUACGGAACAAGAUCCCACAACCUAACAUGCCAAAAGGCUGCCUAAGUAUGGUCCCCAAUCAGAGACAACGAGAUACAGCUGCCUCUGAUUGGGAACCACCCUGGCCAACAUAGAUCAACACGAUCUAGAAACAAAAACAUAGAAAACAAAACAUAGAAAAUCCACACCCUGGCUCAACAUAUAAGAGUCCCCAGAGCCAGGGCGUGACAGUUUUUAAUUUAUAUUCUGUGAUACCCCUGGGCUUCUACUUUGUUAUACUGGCAUCACAGUGGGAGAGAUUAUUUAUUAUUACAUUUUUUUAUGGGGGGGUAGAUCAGCUUUAAUAUUGCAGAUAGAUUGUGGCUUCGAUCAAUGUAAUUGUCUGCACCAUUUCCAAUCCCCCAUAUAUAUAUUUUUUGUAAGUAUAUAUUAUUUUAAAUAUAUACUGUAUUUUAUUAUAAAAUAAAUUUUCCUUCUUUAUUAUUUUCCCCUAACCCUACCACCCCUCCCCUAAUUGGAGUAAACUAAUGGACAACAAUACUUAGGCUUCUACUUCCAGUUUAUACAUACUGAACAAAAAUAUAAACACAACAUGUAAAUUGUUUCAUGAAAUAAAAGAUUCCAGAAAUGUUCCAUACGCACAAAAAGCUUAUUUCUCUCAAAUGUUGUGCAUACAUUUGUUUACAUCCCUGUUAGUGAGCAUUUCUCUUUUGCCAAGAUAAUCCAUCCACCUGACAGAUGUGAAAUAUCAAGAAGCUAAACAGCAUGAUCAUUAUGAUCAGCAUGAUCAUUACACAGGUGCACCUUGUGCUGGGGACAAUAAAAGGCCACUCUAAAAUGUGCAGUUUUGUCACACAACACAAUGCCACAGAUGUCUCAAGUUUUGAGGGAGCGUGCAAUUGGCAUGGUGACUGCAAGAAUGUCCACCAGAGCUGUUGCAAGAUAAUUUAAUGUUAAUUUCUCUACCAUAAGCCGCCUCCAACAUCCUUUUAGAUAAUUAGGCAGUACGUCCAACUGGCCUCACAACCACAGACCACGUGUAACCACGCCAGUCCAGGACCUCCAUAUGCGGCUUCUUCACCUGCGUGAUCGUCUGAGACCAGCCACCCGGACAGUUGAUGAAACUGAGGAGUUACUCUGUCUGUAAUAAAGCCCUUUUGUGGGGAAAAACACAUUCUGACUCCCCAGUGGGUGGGCCUGGCUCCCAAGUGGGUGGCUGCACCCUGCCCAGUCAUGUGAAAUCCAUAGAUUAGGGCCUAAUUUAUUUAUUUAAAUUGACUGAUUUCCUUUAUACAGUGCCUGCAAAAGUAUUCAUCCCCCUUGGCGUUUUUCCUAUUUUGUUGCAUUACAACCUGUAAUUUAAAUUGAUUUUUAUUUGGAUUUCAUGUAAUGGACAUACACAAAAUAGUCCAAAUUGGUGAAGUGAAAUGAAAAAAAUAACUUGUUUCAAAACAAUUCUAAAAAAUAAAUAACGGAAAAGUGGUGCGUGUAUAUGUAUUCACCCCCUUUGCUAUGAAGCCCCUAUAUGAGAUCUGGUGCAACCAAUUACCUUCAGAAGUCACAAAAUUAGUUAAAUAAAGUCCACCUGUGUGCAAUCUAAGUGUCACAUGAUCUCAGUAUAUAUACACCUGUUCUGAAAGGCCCCAGAGUCUGCAACACCACUAAGCAAGGUGCACCACCAAGCAAGCGGCAUCACGAAGACCAAGGAGCUCUCCAAACAGGUCAGGGACAAAGAUGUGGAGAAGUACAGAUCAGGGUUGGAUUCUAAAGAAAUAUCAGAAACUUUGAACAUCCCACGGAGUACCAUUAAAUCCAUUAUAAAAAAAUUGAAAGAAUAUGGCACCACAACAAACCUGUCAAGAGAGGGCCGCCCACCAAAACGCAUGGACCAGGCAAGGAUGGCAUUAAUCAGAGAGGUAACGAAGAGACCAAAGAUAACCCUGAAGGAGCUGCAAAGCUCCACAGCGGAGAUUGGAGUAUCUCUCCAUAGGACAACUUUAAGCCAUACACUCCACAGAGCUGGGCUUUACGGAAGAGUGGCCAGAAAAAAGCCAUUGCUUAAAGAAAAAAAUAAGCAAACACACUUUGUGUUCACCAAAAGCCAUGUGGGAGACUCCCCAAACAUAUGGAAGAAGGUACUCUGGUCAGAUGAGACUAAAAUUGAGCUUUUUGGCCAUCAAGGAAAACGCUAUAUCUGACGCAAACCCAACACCUGUCAUCACCCGAAGAACACAGCAGCAUCAUGCUGUGGGGAUGUUUUUCAUCGGCAGGGACUGGGGAACUGGUCAGAAUUGAAGGAAUGAUGGAUGGCGCUAAAUACAGGAAAAUUCUUGAGAGAAACCUGUUUCAGUCUUCCAGAGAUUUGAGACUGGGACGGAGGUUCACCUUCCAGCAGGACAAUGACCCUAAGCAUACUGCUAAAGCAACACUCGAGUGGUUUAAGGGGAAAUAUUUAAAUGUAUUGGAAUGGCCUAGUCAAAGCCCAGACCUCAAUCCAAUUGAGAAUAUGUGGUAUGACUUAAAGAUUGCUGUAUACCAGCGGAACCCAUCCAACUUGAAGGAGCAGUUUUGCCUUGAAGAAUGGGCAGAAAUCCUAGUGGCUACAUGUGCCAAGCUUAUAGAGUGGGGGGGAGUGAAUAGUUAUGCACACUCAAGUUUUCUGUUUUUUUGUCUUAUUUCUUGUUUGUUUCACAAUAAAAAAUAUUUUGCAUCUUCAAAGUGGUAGGCAUGUUGUGUAAAUCAAAUGAUACAAACCCCCCCCAAUAAUCAAUUUUAAUUCCAAGUUGUAAGGCAACAAAAUAGGGAAAAUGCCAAGGGGGGUGAAUACUUUCGCAAGCCACUGUAUGAACUAUAACUCAGUAAAAGCAUUGAAGUUGUUGCAUGUUGCGUUUAUAUUUUUGUUCAGUAUAUAUACAUUUUACAGACACAGUAUUAUUUUAUUAGUUAUCUUUUCUGUUUUGUUUCUUGUUUUUUCAGCUACCCUCAACCCCUCCCAUCUAUCUCUGAAAACAAUCCAGUUUUGAUUUCUAAUUGCCAUAUAUUUUUCAAAUGUGCUGUGAUGUUUCACAAAAGUUCUGAACCUUUCUAUUCUCAUAGUUUCUACAGAUUGUAAAUUAAAGAAACAUUUUUGCUAAGAGUAUUAUUUUAUUAUUGAUCGAUUGACUAUGGCUUUUCAAGUCAACCAGCAGUGCUAUUUGCAGAGUUAGCUCCAGGUAAAUGUUGCAAUUCUUCAGCCAUUCCUGAACCUGCGACCAAGUGGGAGAGUGUUACUACUACUUUGGGAUCUGAAAAUAUGGACAUCAUCACUUUCUGCUUGUUUUGUCUGUAUUGUGUUUUUUGAUCAUAUCACAUGGGAAAAAGAUAACUCAAGGUAGUUAUCAGUCUUAAAUUAAGGGUCAACUUUUGACUUAGCAUGUUGUUUAUCUUUCUAUUUGAAAGGUAUUCCAAAUGUGCAUAAUUACUGUAUGGACAUACUGUAACAUUAUGUAAGGAUUAUGUAAGGGUCUCAUGUUCAUGUCAUUUAGAUUUUUUACAUUAGAUUUCUCUCUCUCUCUCUCUCUCUCUCAUAUGUUCUGAUCUCACUGAUCCUAAACUAAUCCCCCAACCCUUUCUCGCUCACUCAGGGACAAGAUGCCGUUCCACCAUGUGACGGCAGGGCUGCUGUACAAGGGGAACUACCUGAAUCACUCUCUGUCUGAGGACAACGACAGUGACCAGCUGGCCAGCAUCUCUGUGGAGGAGCUAGACGGUGAGACUCCUCAGGGCUUGGGCUGGUACUACUGGGUCUAGGUUGGGUUGGGCUUGGUUGGGUUGGGUUGGGUUGGGUUGGGCUUGGUUGGGUUGGGUUGGGUUGGGUUGGUUUGGGCUUGGUUGGGUUGGGCUUGGUUGGGUUGGGUUGGGUUGAGCUUGGUUGGGUUGGGUAGGGUUGGGCUUGGUUGGGUUGGGCUUGGUUGGGUUGGGUUAGGGUUGGGCUUGGUUGGUUUGUUUGUUUGGUUGAGAGGGGAUAGAGAUUAGGGCUGGGACUGUGGAUUUGGCUGGUGAGGGUCAUAGAGGGAGUUUGAGGAAGGCUGGGGUUUAGGUGUUUGAUAUGGGCAGGAUAAACCGUAGGCUAGAGAUAGUGAUGGUAUAAGUAGUAAUGAAUUCUUAGCCAUGAAUCACUGAGUUUGGACCAGUCGAAACAUUUAUGAACUACACUAGAUGCUUUCAGACCACAAAUACUGUAUUGUUGACAUAGUCCCAAAAUAUUUUGCUUGUCAGCAAUCAAGUUGUCAAGAUAUGUAACUUUCAAAAUACAGAAAUCAUCACCGUAUGAUGCAUUUUGCAUCAUAUAAUGCAAAACGCAGCAUCAUAUGAUGCAAAAUGCAUCAUACGGUGAUGAUUUCUGUGUUCUGAAAGUUAGAUAUCUUGAAAACUUGAUUGCUGACAAGCAAAACAUUUUGGGACUAUGUCAACAAUACAGUAUUUGUGGUCUGAAAGCAUCUAGUGUAGUUGUUCACUAAUGUAACAAAUACCAAAAUAUAGUUUCUGGGUGGAGUUUUCCUUUAUGGUGCCUAUCUUAAAUUGGAUGCAGAGUACACCAUAAUAGGCUAAUUGCCACCUACUCUGUCAGAGUCAGGGUGGUGUUAUUAUGCUAUAGCAAUAUUGGUAGUUGGCACUGCAUGGCUUUCUCUCGUUUGAUUUGUUAAGUUGUUUUGGGACGGCGUUAAUGUAUUGGGUAAAUGUAAUGAAUUGGGUAAUGUAUAUAGCUCUUAUUGGGAGGUCCUCAUAAGGUCAAUCAAUGUAAUGGACUGUACCUCUGUCAGCAGAAACAGAGACAUAAAGGUAUUGAUCAUAUAGUAUAUACACACUACAGUAAUGAUUAGCAAUCAUCUCCUUGGCUUGUUAGUUUAUCCAUAGUAGCAUACGCAGGCAGCUACCAUUUCUACCAUGUCCACCAUUUCUACCAUGGGGAUAUUUACUGAGGCAAUUUGGUGUAACUACCUGUAAGUGUCUUUGUCUAUGGCCAUUAAAGUGAUACAGUGUAACUGUACUGAGUUGAACUAGCUGACUCACCACAUACAGCACGUUGUCAUCAGUCAGCUUUAGUACAGCUACACAUUGUUAACCUCUCAGCCUGUUGAAGAGGGGAUGUAGUUUCCCUUUGUGUCUUGUUCGACUAGCGUGGUCUGGACUGUGUGAUUUGUGUGUGGUUGGUAUGUAUCAAAUCAAAUCAAAUCAAAUUGUAUUUGCCACAUGCGCCGAAUACAACAGGUGUAGACCUUACAGUGAAAUGCUUACUUACAAGCGCUUAACCAACAAUGUAGUUUUUAAAGAAAAUAAUUAGAUUUUAUGCACCAGCUGUUGUUUACAAAUAUACACCCACCGCCACCCCUUGUCUUACCACCAGCUGUAUGUUAUCCAUGUCGUCGUUCAGCCACGACUCGGUGAAACAUAAGAUAUUACCGUUUUUAAUAUCCCGUUGGUAGGAUAACCGUAAUCUUAGCUCGUCCAAUUUAUUUUCAAAUGAUUGAACAUUGGCUAAUAAUGUAUGUGUGUGUGUGUGUGUGUGUGUGUGUGUGUAGUGCUCUGAGCGCCGCAGCAUGUAGAAUAGAUGUUUGUGUGGGUAGAGAGCUUUGUGUACCAGGUAGUCUUGCCUCCGUCGAGGUCGAUCUGUGCUGCUACUGCUUCUGCUACUGUGUCUGAAAGGUCAGGCAAUAUGUGUGUAUGAGAUUAUAAUAUAUAGACACAUACAGCACCGACAGCACUAACUUCAUAUCACAUAGCACAUAUCACACAUUAUAAACACUGGGAAAGUAGGGAUAAGUAGUGUUCUGUAGAGAGAAAACGUUUUCAAACCAGGAGUUACUACUUGAAGUUGUCCAAUUAGAACAAAUAUUUAAGUUUUACGUUGUAAAACGUUUUUGAACAUGAGCGUGGUGAUGCACUCGGCCUAGAUUGCAAAGCAGGGUGCUGUUAAAGUGACUUUAAAUUCAAGUAUUUUUUUACUCUGAUUAUUUUCUCAGUUUGAUAUGUUCCUUGGGUAUUCCGGUUCCUUUGGUAAUACUUUGUCAUACAGGAUGUUAAAUCAUUCUCCCCUGUAAAGCUUUGGUUUCAGAACAUCAGAGGAGGGCCCUGAUGGAUAUGGGAGCAGUUGUGCGUGAAAUAGAGAAAUAGCGGGAGAGAGCUGUCUGAAUAUAUGAUACGUGGUCUGAAUGUUGUUGGGGUGUUCAAAUGGGCCCGAGCCCUCAGACACAGGAACCUACUUUACAAAGGCCUGAGUCACUCACUGCUCUGCUCUGUUCUGCUCUGCUCUGCUCUGUUCUGCUCUGUUCUGCUCUGUUCUGCUCUGCACUGCUCUGUUCUGCUCUGCUCUGCUCUGCUCUUUUCUGCUCUGUUCUGCUCUGCUCUGCUUUGCUCUGUUCUGCUCCUCCUGAUGGUUUUAUUCAUGAGACGCUCAUUUCAAUGUACCAAAAUAAAUCCAUACACCUUUGAUGUGCUUGUGUUGUUCUCUGUUUGUUGUGUUGUGCUGUGUGUGUGUUUGUGUGUGUGUUCUCUUUACUAAAAUGAGUGUACUGUGUUAUGAAUGAUAAUGGCUGAGUGUGUUUGCUCGGGCCAGAUGUUUUGGGAAGCAGGGAAUGACAAAAGACUGUUCAGAGGCUGGUACAACGACUAACCUGAACCCUCGGUAACAUCUGAGUGCUUUUAACGAUCCGAAAUAUUGUUUCUCAUUUUACGAGGUGAUUUAAAUAUAGAGAAAAAUCAUUACAUUUACACACCAUUGUCCUCCUUGCAGCUCAGAGCACCAAAUCACUCCUACUCACCUGACUGGCUAUGGAUGAAUGACAGCUUCUCAGCAGAUGAUUGACAGGUGAUUGGCCAAUGAUAGGCUAAAGAUUGGCAGCAUGGGCGGGUCUCCUCUAGCAUGAAACUUUACUUAAUGCUUGGGUUAACUUUGGACUACAAUAAGUGUCAGUUAACCUGUUGUUUGCUCUUUCUCAUGGUUUUAGCCAAGAACUCUACCACUACUAUGUUCUGUUUAUGACAUGGUCUUUUCAAGACUGGACCCGUAAUAUUAAUGUUCUUGUUAGCGCCUGUGUUCUCAAAAAGUGUAUCACAUUGUAUCCCAUAUCUGGGACACGUUUGGACUUAAAUCAUGUUUGAGUUAGCCUGGGUCGUGGGUGAGGUGAGGAGACUCCCUCUCUCUCUCUCUGGUCCUGGUGAGUUAAAGCUAUGUAUUCCAGUAGUACCCAGCCUCAAAUUAUUCAGUGUUCAGCAGUGUGCUGAAGCAUACCAUGCAAUCAUAGUGUUCUUUAGAGAUCUGACAUUCCACCUCUAUUUAAAAACACCCGUGGCUGCCUCUCUCUCUCUCUCUCUCUCUCUCUUUCAAUCUCGCUGCAUCUCUCUCUUUCCUUCUAUCUCUGUCUCUCUCUCUCUAGUUCUCUCUCAAUUCAAUUCAAUUCAAUUUAACGGCUUUAUUGGCAUGGGAAACAUAUGUUUACAUUGCCAAAGCAAGUGAAAUAGAUAAUAAACAAAAGUGAAAUAAACAAUCAAAAAAUUUACAGUAAACAUUACACUCACAAAAGUUCCAAAAUAAAAAAGACAUUUCAAAUGUCAUAUUAUGUACAAAUAGUUAAAGUACAAAAGCGAUUAACAUAAAUAUGGGUUGUAUUUACAAUGGUGUUUGGCAACAGGACACAAAUCUUGCUGCUGUGAUGGCACACUAGGUUUGUUUUUGAAUUCUUUGUGGGUCUGUGUAAUCUGAGGGAAAUAUGUGUCUCUAAUAUGGUCAUAUAUUUGGCAGGAGGUUAGGAAGUGCAGCUCAGUUUCCACCUCAUUUUGUGGGCAGUGUGCACAUAGCCUGUCUUCUCUUGAGAGCCAGGUCUGCCUUCGGCGGCCUUUCUCAAUAGCAAGGCUAUGCACACUGAGUCUGUACUUAGUCAAAGUUUUCCUUAAUUUUGGGUCAGUCACAGUGGUCAGGUAUUCUGUCACGGUGUACUCUCUGUUUAGGGCCAAAUAGCAUUCUAGUUUGCUCUGUUUUUUUGUUAAUUCUUUCCAAUGUGUCAAGUAAUUAUCUUUUUCUUUUCUCAUGGUUUGGUUGAGUCUAAUUGUGUUGCUGUCCUGGAGCUCUGUGUGGUCUGUUUGUGUUUGUGAACAGAGCCCCAGGACCAGCUUGCUUAGGGGACUGUUCUCCAGGUUCAUCUCUCUGUAGGUGAUGGCUUUGUUAUGGAAGGUUUGGGAAUCGCUUCCUUUUAUGUGGUUGUAGAAUUUAACGGCUCUGUUCUGGAUUUUGAUAAUUAGCAGGUAUCGGCCUAAUUCUGCUCUGCAUGCAGAGUCUCAAUUUGGUGUUUGUCCCAUUUUGUGAAUUCUUGGUUGGUGAGCAGACCCUAGACCUCACAACUGUAAAGGGCAAUGGGUUCUAUAGCUGAUUCAAGUAUUUUUAGCCAGAUUGGUAUGUCGAAUUUUAUGUUCCUUUUGAUGUCAUAGAAGGCCCUUCUUGCCUUGUCUCUCAGAUCAUUCACAGCUUUGUGGACGUUACCUGUGGCGCUGAUGUUUAGGCCGAGGUAUGUAUCGUUUUCUGUGUGCUCUAGGGCAACAUUGUCUAGAUGGAAUUUGUAUUCGUGGUCCUGGCAACUGGACCUUUUUUGGAUCACCAUUAUUUUUGUCUUACAGAGAUUUACUGUCAGGGCCCAGGUCUGACAGAAUCUGUGCAGAAUAUCUAGGUGCUGCUGUAGGCCCUCCUUGGUUGGGGACAGAAGCACCAGAUCAUCAGCAAACAGUAGACAUUUGACUUCAGAUUCUAGUAGGGUGAGGCCGGGUGCUGCAGACUGUUCUAGUGCCCUCGCCGAUUCGUUGAUAUAUAUGUUGAAGAGGGUGGGGCUUAAGCUGCAUCCUUGUCUCACCCCAUGGCCCUGUGGAAAGAAAUGUGUGUGUUCUUUUCUCAUUUUAACUGCACACUUGUUGUUUCUGUACAUGGAUUUUAUAAUGUUGUAUGUUUUUCCCCCAACACCACUUUCCAUCAAUUUGUAUAUCAGACCCUCAUGCCAAAUUGAGUCAAAAGCUUUUUUGAAAUCACAAAGCAUGAGAAGACUUUGCCUUUGUUUUGGUUUGUUUGUUUGUCAAUUAGAGUGUGCAGGGUGAAUACGUGGUCUGUCGUACGGUAAUUUGGUAAAAAGCCAAUUUGAUAUUUGCUCAGUACAUUGUUUUCACUGAGGAAAUGAACGAGUCUGCUGUUAAUGAUAAUGCAGAGGAUUUUCCCAAGGUUGCUGUUGACGCAGGUCUGGGAGAGUGUCUCGCUGGUCUGGGCAGGGUGUCUGUUGAUCUGUUGCUCCUGUGUGAGGUGUUGGGGCUGCGUUUGAGGGCGAUGUCCUUUUGGCGAAGGUGGGCACUGCUUCCUUGAAUAGGUUGACCUGGUCGUAAAGGGUGGAGUGGUGGGCCAGGUAAACAUUUGGUUUUGAGGCACAGUCAAUUCAAAUAAAAUAAUCAAAUCAAAUGUAUUGGUCACAUACACAUGGUUAGCAGAUGUUAUUGUGAGUGUAGCGAAAUGCUUGUGCUCUGUCGUAGCCGGCCUCGACCGGGAGACCCAAGAGGCGGCGCACAAUUGGCCCAGCGUCGUCCAGGGUAGGGGAGGGAAUGGCCGGCAGGGAUGUAGCUCAGUUGGUAGAGCAUGGCGUUUGCAACGCCAGGGUUGUGGGUUCGAUUCCCACGGGGGGCCAGUAUGAAAAAGAAAAAAAGUAUGUAUGCACUCACUAACUGUAAGUCGCUCUGGAUAAGAGCGUCUGCUAAAUGACUAAAAUGUAAAUGUAGUUCCGACAGUGCAGCAAUAUCUAGCAAGUAAUAUCUAACAGUUCCACAAAAAAAAUGAAUACACACAAAUCUAAGUAAAGGAAUGGAAUAAGAAUAUAUAAAUAUAUGGAUGAGCAAUGUCAUUAUCAGAGUGGCAUAGGCUAAGAUGCAAUAGAUAGUAUAGAAUACAGUAUAUACAUAUGAGAUGGGUAAUGCAAGAUAUGUAAACAUUAUUAAGAUAGUAUAGAAUACAGUAUAUACAUAUGAGAUGGGUAAUACAAGAAAUGUAAACAUAAUUAAAGUGGCAUUAUUAAAGUGACUAGUGUUCCAUUUAUUAAAGUGGCCAGUGAUUUUCAAGUCUGUAUGUAGGCAGCAGCCUCUCUGUGCUAGUGAUGGCUGUUUAACAGUCUGAUGGCCUUGAGAUGGAAGCUGUUUUUCAGUCUCUCGGUCCCAGCUUUGAUGCACCUGUACUGUCCUUGCCUUCUGGAUGAUAGCGGGGUGAACAGGCAGUGGCUCGGGUGGUAGUUGUCCUUGAUUAUCUUUUUGGAUUUCCUGUGACUUCGGGUGCUGUAGGUGUCCUGGAGGGCACUGUAUGGUAGCAUGGUGGAAGUAUUUUCAUGGUAGCAGGGUGGAGAUAACCACUUGUGCGUUGGGGAAAGUAGAAGAAGCUUUUUCAAUCACUCCCUUGAGUGCUGUGGCCACCAUUUCCUGCUGUGCUCUCAGGUCGUUUGUGCCUGUGUUUAUUAUUAUGUGGCUGGGUGACCCUAGUUGGUCCUCAGACAGAAGGUCUAGGGCGAGCUGGGUGUUUGGACACCAGAGUUUAGACACUGUGUGUUUGGGGAAAAGUAUAUUUUCUUGUAUAUAUUUCCCGUUUGAGUCCAUAAGGAGUACAAUCUGUGGCUUGUGUAUGUCCUCAGUGUGGGGGGGGGGGGGGGGGGGGGGGGGGGGUGUCAGGAGGGCUAUCAGGAUGGCUGACAGGGGGGAGCUCAGAGGGGGUGGUAUCCCCUGGGCUUGGGGUUCUUCAUUUAUCUGUCCUGCUGUGGUGUCCAGACUUUGGUCAGGAUCUGAGGUGGGUUGUUCUGCUGGCUUCUCUGCGGGGGUGGCCAGCUCUCUUAUGGGUUGUUCUCUGUCUCUCUCUGUCUCUCUCGCCCUGCUCACUGCCAUAAGCCCUCUUUUCUCUGUAGACACACUAAUGAAAUAUGAAUUCAUAAAAGCACAAAGGAGCCUGCUGACUUUUAGGCUCGAUACUGAUGGGUAUCUUACAAACUGAAGGGAAGGAGAAGCACAGACACAGUACAGCGGCUUGCCGUACACACAGGGCAAGCUUAUUUGUCACCACCAUUAAAGUUGCCUGCAGGUUAUUGCAGAUGUAAUUUGCAUUGUUCUUGAGCUAAGGCACAUAGCUAAAUAAUCCCUAACUAUUGUGGAUCCUCUCCUCUCCCCUCCAUUCCCUUCUCCUUGUGUGUGUUUGUGUUGACAGAGAUCCGGGAGGCAUUCAGAGUGCUGGACAGGGAUGGGAACGGGUUCAUCUCCAAGCAGGAGCUGGGCAUGGCCAUGAGGUCGCUGGGAUACAUGCCCAGUGAGGUGGAGCUGGCCAUCAUCAUGCAGAGACUAGACAUGGAUGGUGAGUCACCUUCAGUACACAUUUCACAAAUGUACAGUACACAGACACAUGCAGUUGCACGUGUAACAGAAGGUCCCAUGUUCAAGUCCAGUGAGAGACAGGAACAGGACCCACUCUGUUACACGCACACACACAUAUUUAAACAUGAUCAGAUCCCUUCCCUCCUGUUUUCACACCAUGAUCACGCACACACAAAGACAUGGAAAAGGUCAUAUACACACUAUCAGACACACACAUAUACAUAAAUAGAUCCCGCUCUUCCUUUUUUACACAUUCAUACACAUGGGCCUACAUAUGACUACAUAAUCACAUACAUUGACAUGAGUGCUCAUUCACCAUUAUGCACACACAUUUACAUGUACAUACAGUACAUUACAUGCACACAGUAAUGUGCACUCAUUCGCACCAUACUUUCAUAUCACAACCUCCACUUUACACUUUAAAUAAGCAUGAAGGAUCCUACUAUCCAAACACACACCGGAGGAGCACUUAACAUAUCCCAUAGUCCCACUGUAGCAAUAUCUCUCUAAGCUGUCGAUGUGUAACAUGUUGGCAGUGGUCCCUUGCUCCAUUUCAUCUUAAUGAACCGUAUUGCACAUAUUUACGCUGACACGCGCACACACACGAUUACAGUAGGUCACACAGGGUACCUGUGGUUUCUGUACUGAAGCCAUCCAUGCUGUGACCUACCAGAGAAGAUCUACAUCAGCUGAAAUCUGCUACUGUAGCACAACACCCCAUCUCACCUUUAACCUCUGACCCCUGACCUUUGUUUAUCUGUUUUUUCCUUGACUUUGUCCUCGUAGUUCACAGUCAGCAGCUCACCUACUGACUCAAGGAAAUUAGAAAUCAACCAGACUCCUAUUUUGAGAGAAGCAGAGAACCGAAGCCGGGUUUGCACACUGCUGACAGCAUGGAUAUUCAUAUUUCUAAUUGACAUAUUGAAGUAAUUGGAAUUGCAGUAGGCAUGAACAUAUUGUUGCUUCAGGUUUAAUUGAAGAGUUUCAUUCCAAAACGCUAUACAGUUUCAGAAAUGUUGGUAAAUUUGCUUUUAUUGUUUGAAAGAAAUUACCAAAGAGAUUGGUGUGUUUUUUCACUAUCUAAUCAUGGCAUGGGGUUGUUCAAUGACAUACAUGUAUUUGUUUAAAAUCUAUCACUUGAUGGUUUCAUUUCAGAGAGACAAAUAAUCAUGUUUUUGUGCUAAAUGCUACAUACAGUGCUAUGAAAAAGUAUUUGCCCCCUUUCUAAUUUUCUCUACUUUUGCAUAUUUGUGAUACUGAAUGUUAUCAGAUCUUCAACCAAAACCUAAUAUUAGAUAAUGGGAACAUUGGUGAACAAAUAACACAACAAUUACAUAUUUAUUUCAUUUAUUUCAUAAACAAAGUUAUGCAACACCCAAUUCCCCUGUGUGAAAAAGUAAUUGCCCCCUUACACUCAAUAACUGGUUGUGCCACCUUUAGCUGCAAUGACUCCAACCAAAUGCUUCCUGUAGUUGUUGAUCAGUCUCUCACGUCGCUGUGGAGGAACUUUGGCCCACUCUUCCAUGCAGAACUGCUUUAACUCAGUGACAUGUGGGUUUUCAAGCAUGAACUGCUCGUUUCAAGUCCUGCCACAACAUCUCAAUUGGGAUUAGGUCUGGACUUUGACUAGGCCAUUCCAAAACAUCAAAUUUGUUGCUUUUUAGCUAUUUUCAUGUAGACUUGAUUGUGUGUUUUGGAUCACUGUCUUGCUGCAUGACCCAGCUGCACUGUGGAAUGCAGUGUUUGGUUUUCGCCAGGCAUAAUGGGACCCAUCUCGUCCAAAAAGUUUACUCAAGUUUGCCAAAAAGCACCUGGAUGAUCAUCAAGACUCUUGGAAGAACGUUCUAUGGACAGAUGAUUCAAAAGUAUAACUUUUUGGACGACACGGUUCCAGUAAUGCCUGGCGAAAACCAAACACUGCAUUCCACAGUAAGAACAUCAUACCAAAGGUCAAGCAUGGUGGUGGUGGUGUGAUGGUUUGGGGAUGCAUUGCUGCCUCAGGACCUGGACGACUUGCCUUAAUAGAAGGAACCAUGAAUUCUGCUCUGUAUCAGAGAAUUCUACAGGAGAAUGUCAGACCAUCCGUCUGUGAGCUAAAGGUUGCACAAGCAGUUAUUGAGUGUAAGGGGGCAAUUACUUUUUCACACAGGGGAAUUGGGUGUUGCAUAACUUUGUUUAUGAAAUAAAUAUGUAAUUGUUGUGUUAUUUGUUCACUUAUGUUCCCUUUAUCUAAUAUUAGGUUUUCGUUGAAGAUCUGAUAACAUUCAGGAUCACAAAUAUGCAAAAGUAGAGAAAAUUAGAAAGGGGGCAAAUACUUUUUCAUAGCAAUGUAUCCGCCUAACUCUCAGAGAAAUAAGUAGUACUGCUAAGAUUUACACAGUCAAAUGUAAAAGAUAACUACAUUUUUGAUAAAGAACUGUACAAAUUAUACAUUUGUGACAUCAAUAUAAAAAAUAAAAAACAUUUUGCUAAUGUUUUCAAUACAGUAAUAUGAGAUCUGGAUGUAAAACGUUUCGUAAUUUAGCAGAUGUUCUUAUCCAGAAUGGCUUACAGUAUUAGUGCAUUAAUCUUAAGAUAGCUAGGUGAGACAACCACAGUCAAAUAUACAGGAACUUUCCAUUCCAGCUAAAUAAUGAAAAUAGGAUAGCGUUUUGCAAACACAUUUUCAUACACAUCUAAAAUCUCGGAAUUAAAAAAUCUGAGAACAAUAACACAUUGGUACACGUGAAGGUACCCAUAACCAAUCAUUUCUGAUGAAAAAACUUGACAAAUUGGUGGAUAUAGUGUUUUGGAAAUAAACUCUUCAAUUGGAAGCCGGCACCUUCUGUGGAAUCAUUAGAUGUGUCAAAACACUGGAUAAUUGGAGAAAUAUUCAUCACGUUUUUCACUCAUUAAUCUCUUGUUUAGCUUGUAUUCUCCACUCAAAUGUUUGUUGUUUGUUUGUUUUGUUUGGCAGAAUUUCUAGAAAAACUGUAGUGGACUGGUCUCAGAGGAAGAUAGAAAGCUCAUAACUGAAUGCUCAAGGUUGUGGACUGCUUCCUAUUGCCUCUCCACUCCAGAUAAGAAUGAUUAGCAAAACAAUUUAUCCUCCCCUACUAUUAAAGUAUACCUGCUGUCAAAUUGAAGGUUUGCUUGAAAUACCGCUUUCGUCUCCUGCUAUGACAAGUUAGAACAUCUAGGAGCCCCUAUCUGUCAUAUUUGUUAUAGAUAUUGCUUGUACACACUGAGGUGUGACAGCAAUCAAUGUAUGAGUCCAUGUUGGUUUGGUAGAUGGGGAGACUGGAGGACCAUUUUCAUCUGCGAUGCCUUUGAAAUUGUCAGUUGAUUUUACUUGCUGUGACUGAGUGAGGACACUCCUUCAGAAGGAGAUAAACACUGGCCAAGAUAAGAAGGGUUGGCUGGAUUGUUGUUGCUAUUACUGUCACGACUUCCGCCGAGGCUGCACCCCUCCUGGUUCGGGCAGGCUUCGGCGUUCGUCGCUACUGCCAAUCCCAUUCUCAUCACUCCACUUGUCAUGUCUUGUCAAUCACACACACCUGAUGCUCAUUCCCCUAAUUAGUAUGUGUAUAAGUGUUCCCUCUGUUCUCCUUGUCUUUGUGAGUGAUGGUUUGUUGUGAGAGCGUGUAGCUCGGUUGAUCUACUAUUCACUGUGUUGAUGCCAAGGUGGAUGUUUUCCCUUGUAUAGUUUCGUUUAAUGCUUUGGGCCUUUGAUUUAUGUAAACAGAAUAAACUCUGGACUUCGGUAUUUUACCACCUGCGCCUGACUCCUUCAUUCACACCUCGUCACAGAAUCACUCACCCGAUCUGAUAUGGAGUCAGCAGGAGAAGACCGCAUGCCUGGAGUUGUGGCAAGGGUCCAGGAGCAUUCCUCGAUGUUGGCCAGCUUGGGGGAAGCGAUGGAUUGGGUUCUUCAGGUGGUAGAACGCCUGGAGAGGAGAGGAUCCAAUCUAUCGAGACCAGCUGGUCAACCGGAUCCAGCCACCUACACCCCAACCCCUGGAGGGAUCCAGAUAUCCCGGCCACCGACGUUUGAUGGGACGGCAGCACGAUUGAAGGGAUUCCUACUCCAACUGGAGUUGUAUUUCUCCAGCAUCAGGCCGGAGCCCCGGGAGCGGGAGAAGGUAUCCGUCCUCGUUUCCUGCCUUUGUGGGAGAGCCCUGGAGUGGGCCAACGCGGUGUGGAACAAGGGAGGUACCGCGUUGGAGAACUACGGGGAGUUUGCUCGCCUCUUUCGGGCCGUUUUUGAUCACCCGCCUGAGGGUCGCGAGGCGGGCAAACGACUGGUUCAUCUGAGGCAGGGGACGAGGACCGCUCAGGACUACGCGCUGGAGUUCCAGACGCUGGCAGCGGGGUCCGGGUGGAACGAGCGGGCCCUGAUCAAACAUUUCCAGUGCCACCUAAGGGAGGAUGUCCGAUGGGAGCUAGCCUGCCGGGAUGCCAUGCUAUCGUUCUCCCAACUGGUGGACAUGGCCAUCCGGCUGGACAAUCUGCUAGCAGCCAGAGGACGUCCUGGUAGGGGUCUGCCCGUUCCCACGCCGGAUGACUCUGACCCCGAGCAGAUGGAGCUGGGGGGAGCCGCCGGUCGAGAGAGCGCAGGAAGACAGCGACAGUGCCACUCGGGUGGCACGAAGGGACAAUCCACCUCACGUCGCAGUCAACGUUUUUUUGGGUCUGGAGGCGGUAGGCAGGGUACUCACGCAUCACCCCAGGUAACAAACACCCAAACGUGUUCAGAGCCCUUUGCGGCGCACUGUACUUUAUCUAUCUCCUUUCCUAAUUACUUGGUAGGUUCCCAGUGUAAGGCAAUAGUCGAUUCAGGCGCAGCUGGGAAUUUUAUGGACAGGGCAUUUGCAUGCCGUCAAGGCAUUUCAUUGGUUCCCCUAACCAUUCCACUCCCCAUCAGAGCACUUGAUAGUCGACCAUUAGGGUUCCGGGUUGGUUAAGGAAGUUACGGUACCAGUCACCAUGAUUACGCAGGAGACGCAUGUUGAGCAGAUCACCUUUAUGAUUAUUGAGUCUCCUGCUUACCCUGUAGUCUUGGGUAUACUGUGGUUAGCCCUUCACAACCCCAAUUUCUCAUGGCCGCAGAGGGUUCUUACGGGGUGGUCGCGUGAGUGUCCGGGUAGGUAUCUAGGUGUUUCCGUUGGUGCGACCAUGGUGGAAAGUCCAGACGGUACCUCCACCGUGCGCAUUCCCCCCGAAUACCAUGAUCUGGUGCUCGCGUUUUCAAGACGCAAGCGACUAAAUUACCACCUCAUCUGGAAGGGGAUUGCGCGAUAAACCUUCGGGUAGACGCUGUACCUCCCAGGAGUCAUGUGUAUCCCCUGUCGCAGGCUGAAACGGAGGCUAUGGAAAUAUACGUCACCGAGUCCCUGCGCCAAGGGUAUAUAAGUCCCUCCACUUCACCUGCCUCCUUGAGUUUCUUCUUUGUCCCUGCGCCAAGGGUAUAUAAGUCCCUCCACUUCACCUGCCUCCUUGAGUUUCUUCUUUGUGAAGAAGAAAGAUGGCGGUUUACACCCGUGCAUUGAUUAUCGACCACUGAAUAAUGUGACGGUACAAUUUAGUUAUCCUCUUCCCCUCAUUCCUUCAGUGAUUGCAUGGGGCCUGCUUUUUCACCAAAUUAGACCUCAGGAGUGCCUACAACCUGGUGCAUAUUCGGGAAGGGGAUGAGUGGAAAACAGCAUUCAGCAUUAUGAAUACCUGGUGAUGCCCUACAGUUUGAUGAAUGCUCCAUCCGUUUUUCAGUCCUUUGUGUUUUGGGACAUGCUUGGUCGUGGUGUGGUGGUCUACAUUGAGGACAUCCUUGUGUAUUCCGCUACGCGCGCCGAGCAUGUGUCCCUGGUUCGCAAGGUACUGGUCCGACUGCUGGAAAAUGAUCUUUAUGCCAAGGCAGAGAAGUGUGAGUUUUUCCAGCAGUCAAUCUCCUUCCUCGGAUAUCGCAUUACCACCACAGGUGUGAAGAUGGAGGGAGACCGCAUUGCAGCCGUGCGUAAUUGGCCGACUCCAACCACGGUAAAGGAGGUGCAGCGCUUCCUUGGCUUAAAGGAGGUGCAGCGCUUCCACUAGCGUUCGUAGUGGAGGUGGAUGCGUCCGAGGUAGGGAUAGGAGCUGUCUUAUCCCAACGCUCAGGCACGCCACCCAAGCUCCGCCCCUGUGCCUUAUUUUCUAAGAAGCUCAGCUCGGCGGAGCAGAACUACGGCGUUGGUGAUCGGGAGCUGCUAGCUGUUGUCCGAGCUUUGUCGGUGUGGAGACAUUGGCUCGAAGGGGCGAAACACCCUUUCCUCGUCUGGACAGACCACCGUAACCUGGAGUACAUUCAGGCAGCGAGGAGGCUGAAUCCUCGCCAGGCCAGGUGGGCCCUCUUCUUCACCCGGUUUGAUUUCACACUCUCAUACAUUCCGGGUACGAAGAACGUGAAGGCAUACACACUGUCUCGACUGUAUGACACAGAGGAGAGGCCCAGAGACAACACCCCCAUACUCCCGUCCUCAUGCAUUGUGGCGCCGGUAGUAUGGGCGAUGGACGCAGAUAUAGCGCAGGCAUUACGCACAGAUCCAAUUCCACCGCAGUGUCCAGCUGGGCUGCAGUAAGUGCCUGCGCUUAUCCGUGAUCGUCUGAUCUACUGGGCACACACGUCACCCUCCUCUGGUCAUCCAGGUAUCGGUUGUACAAUGCUUUGCCUGAUCGAGAAGUACUGGUGGCCUACCUUGACUAAGGACGUGAGGGUGUAUGUUUCCUCAUGCUCAGUGUGCGCCCAGAGUAAGGCACCUAGGCACCUCCCAGCAGGUAAGCUACAACCUUUACCAGUUCCACAACGACCAUGGUCUCACCUGAGUAUUGAUUUUCUCACUGAUCUUCCCCCCUCCCAAGGUAACACCAAUAUCCUGGUCAUUGUGGACCGCUUUUCAAAGUCCUGCCGCCUCCUUCCUCUGUCCGGUCUCCCCACGGCCCUACAAACUGCGGAGGCUCUGUUUACUCACGUCUUCCGGCACUACGGGGUACCAGAGGAUAUAGUGUCCGACCGAGGUCCCCAGUUCACUUCUAGAGUCUGGAAGGCAUUCAUGGAACGUCUGGGGAUCUCGGUCAGCCUGACCUCUGGAUUUCACCCCGAGAGUAAUGGGCAGGUGGAAAGGGUAAAUCAAGAUGUGGGUAGGUUCCUGCGGACCUACUGUCAGGACCGGCCGGGGGAGUGGUCGGUGUUCCUGCCAUGGGCAGAAUAUGCUCAGAACUCUCUCCGCCACUCCUCCACUAACCUAACACCCUUCCAAUUUGUUUUGGGUUACCAACCGUGCGUCGUCAGAAGGCCAACGCUGACCGCCACCGCAGGGAGGCCCCGGUGUUCGUACCGGGGGAUCGGGUCUGGCUCUCGACCCGGAAUCUGCCCCUCCGCCUGCCCUGCCGGAAGCUGAGCCCGCAGUUUGUGGGGCCGUUUAAAGUCCUGAGGAGAAUAAACGAGGUGACAUACAGGUUGUUACUCCCCCUGAUUACCGUAUUAACCCAUCGUUUCAUGUGUCUCUCCUCAAGCCAGUGGUAGCUGGUCCGCUCCAGGAGUCUGAGGUACGGGAGGUUCCUCCACCUCCUCUGGACAUUGAGGGGGCCCUGGCGUACACGGUCCGUUCCAUCCUGGAUUCGAGGCGUCGGGUGGGGGGCCUUCAGUAUCUCGUGGAGUGGGAGGGGUACGGUCCGGAGGCGGGACAUCCUCGAUCCCUCCCUGUUGAGGGAUUUCCACCGUCGCCAUCUGACUCGCCCUGCUCCGCGUCCUCCUGGCCGUCCCCGAGGCAGGGGUCGGCGCACUGCUGGAGCCGUGCGUCGGGGGGGGGGGUACUAUCACGACUUCCGCCGAGGCUGCCCCCCCCCCCCCCCCCCCUCCUGGUUCGGGCAGGCUUUGGCGUUCGUCGUCACCGGAGUACUAGCUACUGCCGAUCCCAUUCUCAUCACUCCACUUGUCAUGUCUUGUCAAUCACACACACUUGGUGCUCAUUCCUCUAAUUAGUAUGUGUAUAAGUGUCUGAUGCCGAAGUCCAGACUACAAAUCUGUUCCCCUUUGUGAGUGAUUGUUUGUUGUGAGAGCAUGUAGCUCGGUUGAGCUACUAUUCACUGUGUUGAUGCCAAGGUGGAUGUUUUUCCCUUGUAUAGUUUCGUUUGACGCUUGGGGCCUUUGAUUUAUGUAAACAGAAUAAACUCUGGACUUCGGUAUUUUACCUCCUGCGCCUGACUCCUUCAUUCACACCUCGUCACAAUUACCUCUCUAUCAUUACAGUGAGAGAUGUUCUCAAAACAUCAAUUUGUGUUCUGUUCAAAGCAAUUUGCCUCAAUCUCGUCUCAUUUUCAUGUCUAUAGACGCAACACAAAAUAUCAUGGUGAUCAAACGGAGGAGGUAUCCAUAGCCAGGUACAUGACCAGAUAAUUGGGAUUUGAGGGUGUUUAUUGUGUCUUUGUCAAGCUAGCAGCUGUGUGAAUUAGACACGUGACACAUUCACGGAUGGCCAUUGAUUCUUUCUCUCUGAGCAGCAGCUGCAACAGUCCAGCUGAUCUCUAUAAGAUAUGGAUGGACUCAUUGAGUUGAUCUGAUAAUCUGUUCCACUGUCAGAGCGAUCCAUCAGAUUGUUAUCCAGCUCAGCAGAAUGCCCUUGGUGGAUUGCUUAGGAGCUUGUGGUCUUUGGAGAUCUCAGCAUUGAAAUUGCUCCUUUGCUUUAUAUAGGGGUGUUAUGCUCGUAAAACAUGAUGCCUGGCAUCAGCUGCUUUUGUUAGGAAGUGUUUUUGGUUUAAAUCAGAUCCGUCCAUCCAUCCAUUCAUCCAUCCAUCACGAUAGCUCAGGGGCCCUGACCACACUGGCUGCACUGCCUGACUGUCCCCAGUGAUGAGGCAGGAUGCCACUGCAUAUGCAUGGGCACAGAGAAGGACAAUUGAUGGCAUCAAACGUGAUAGUGCCAGCGUGCCCUAAGGAGUUCACCCCCGUCAGGGUAGAGGGAGGAGAGGAGGAGUGAAGAGGCAGAUUGAGUCGCCCUGCAUGGGCAGCACACAACCUCUUCUGCAGGGAAAUGAGGAAGAUGAGGGAGGAGAGAGAAGAGGUAUUGAAGGGAAAGAAUACCUACUCAAAUGAAGACUUGGUAUAAAAUACAGUUAUUGUCCUUCUUACUGAUUUGCAAUAAAACUUUCUUUGUGAAUUUCUUAGGAGACGGGCAGGUGGACUUCGAUGAGUUCAUGACGAUCCUGGGACCCAAGCUCCUGUUGUCUGAAACCAGGGAGGGCUUCCUGGGGAGCACGAUAGACAGUAUAUUCUGGCAGGUAAGGACUUCUCUCUUUUAA